CUCAAAACACACAUACCUUAUCUUCGCACAUAUACCCGGACUCGAUGAGCCAAUUUGUGUUCAUCACUUCUCCCAGACCCGUCGCCUGACCUUCGCUAUCUGCACGAUGGCUCCCACUAUCGCAGUACAGCCAUCGUUCGAAGAAGUUCAUAAAAUCGUCGAGGAUACCGCCAAAUGGCCCAAUGCGCCGGAUCUGAUCCCUCUGUGCACCUCGAUCACUUCUGAGUUCCUGACUCCCUCAGCGAUCUACCUCAAGGUCGCAGCCAGCUCCCCGUCCAAGCAAUCCUUCCUGUUCGAGUCUGCCGCGACCUCCGAGACCAUUGGUCGCUAUAGCUUCAUCGGCGCCAACCCGCACAAAACCCUUCUCUCCGGUCCAAAACAUGGCCUCGAGGCCGAUCCUCUUCCACAGCUCGCAGGAGAGCUCGCGCAACACCGUAUUGCAAACGUCCCAUCUUUGCGACUACCUCCUUUGACUGCAGGAGCUAUCGGAUACGUUGGAUACGAUUGCGUUAGAUACUUCGAGCCGAAGACAAAGAGAUCGAUGAAGGAUGUCCUUGAAGUGCCGGAGAGUCUGUUCAUGCUGUAUGACACCAUUGUCGCAGUGGACCACUUCUUCCAGAAGAUUUUGAUCAUCACAUAUCUGCACGUCCCGCAGGGAGGUGCGAACAAAGAGGAGCUGCAGGCGGUGUAUGAUGCUGGAAGGGAAACGCUGGCAAAACUCGUGGAAGUGCUGAAGAGCAAGGAUCUACCUCUACCUCCUCAGGAGCCUGUCGUCCUGGACCGAGAGUACACAAGCAACAUCGGCCGGCCAGGCUACGAAGCUCAUGUCACAGCUCUGAAGAAGCACAUCGUGACCGGCGACAUUAUCCAGGCUGUGCCCUCCCAGCGCAUUGCCCGUCCUACAAGCUUGCACCCGUUCAACAUCUACCGACAUCUCCGGACGGUGAACCCAUCUCCGUACCUCUUCUAUCUGGACUGCGACGACUUUCAAAUCGUGGGUGCCAGUCCUGAGGUCUUGGUCAAGGAGGAGAAUGGCCGCAUCAUAACCCACCCGAUCGCGGGCACCGUCAAACGUGGCACCUCUCCAGAUGAUGACGCCGCGCUGGCCGCCACACUGAAGGCUUCGAUCAAAGACCGCGCAGAACACGUCAUGCUGGUCGACCUCGCCCGCAACGACGUGAACCGUGUCUGUGACCCUCGCUCCACCCGCGUCGACAAACUCAUGGUGGUGCAGAAAUUCUCCCACGUCCAGCACCUCGUGUCUGAAGUCUCUGGUAUCCUCCGUGAGGAUAAAACACGAUUCGACGCUUUCAGAUCCAUCUUCCCAGCGGGCACAGUCUCCGGCGCGCCGAAGGUGAGGGCGAUGGAACUCAUCGCCGAGAUGGAAGGUGAGAAGCGAGGCGUGUACGCUGGCGCGGUGGGCUACUUUGGCUACGACAGUGUGAACACUACAAACGGCGAAGGCAAGGAAGGAGCGAUGGAUACGUGCAUUGCGCUGAGAACUAUGAUGGUCAAAGAAGGCGUUGCGUAUUUGCAGGCUGGAGGAGGCAUUGUGUUCGACUCGGAUGAGGGCGAUGAGUAUGAGGAGACGAUCAACAAGUUGGCGGCCAACAUGAGGUGUAUUGAGCAGGCGGAACGGCUGCAUUGGGAGGAACAGCAGGGCGAGGCCACGGCGGAGGCGGAGGUCAACCAAGAAGCGGCAGCAGUGGGCGGGAAGGCGGCGGAGGGGAGGGUUGACAUUGCCGGAUAG